AUGUCAGUCAGCGUACCUAAUGGUGAGUCUUCAUCUAAAAUCACCCUACUUGUAGUUAUUGUUUGGUAUUUCAUCACCUUUUUGUGGCCCUAUACAGUGGGGGAAAAAAAGUAUUUAGUCAGCCACCAAUUGUGCAUGUUCUCCCACUUAAAAAGAUGAGAGGCCUGUAAUUUUCAUCAUAGGUACACGUCAACUAUGACAGACAAAUUGAGAAAAAAAUAUCCAGAAAAUCACAUUGUAGGAUUUUUAAUGAAUUUAUUAGCAAAUUAUGGUGGAAAAUAAGUAUUUGGUCAACUACAAACAAGCAAGAUUUCUGGCUCUCAUAAACCUGUAACUUCUUCUUUAAGAGGCUCCUGUGUCCUCCACUUGUUACCUGUAUUAAUGGCACCUGUUUGAACUUGUUAUCAGUAUAAAAGACACCUGUCCACAACCUCAAACAGUCACACUCCAAACUCCACUAUGGCCAAGACCAAAGAGCUGUCAAAGGACACCAGAAACAAAAUUGUAGACCUGCACCAGGCUGGGAAGACUGAAUCUGCAAUAGGUAAGCAGCUUGGUUUGAAGAAAUCAACUGUGGGAGCAACUAUUAGGAAAUGGAAGACAUACAAGACCACUGAUAAUCUACCUCGUGGGGUCAAAAUGAUCACAAGAACGGUGAGCAAAAAUCCCAGAACCACACGGGGGGACCUAGUGAAUGACCUGCAGAGAGCUGGGACCAAAGUAACAAAGCCUACCAUCAGUAACACACUACGCCGCCAGGGACUCAAAUCCUGCAGUGCCAGACGUGUCCCCCUGCUUAAGCCAGUACAUGUCCAGGCCCGUCUGAAGUUUGCUAGAGUGCAUUUGGAUGAUCCAGAAGAGGAUUGGGAGAAUGUCAUAUGGUCAGAUGAAACCAAAAUAGAACUUUUUGGUAAAAACUCAACUCGUCGUGUUUGGAGGACAAAGAAUGCUGAGUUGCAUCCAAAGAACACCAUACCUACUGUGAAGCAUGGGGGUGGAAACAUCAUGCUUUGGGGCGGUUUAUCUGCAAAGGGACCAGGACGACUGAUCCGUGUAAAGGAAAGAAUGAAUGGGGCCAUGUAUCGUGAGAUUUUGAGUGAAAACCUCCUUCCAUCAGCAAGGGCAUUGAAAAUGAAACGUGGCUGGGUCUUUCAGCAUGACAAUGAUCCCAAACACACCGCCCGGGCAACGAAGGAGUGGCUUCGUAAGAAGCAUUUCAAGGUCCUGGAGUGGCCUAGCCAGUCUCCAGAUCUCAACCCCAUAGAAAAUCUUUGGAGGGAGUUGAAAGUCCGUGUUGCCCAGCGACAGCCCCAAAACAUCACUGCUCUAGAGGAGAUCUGCAUGGAGGAAUGGGCCAAAAUACCAGCAACAGUGUGUGAUAACCUUGUGAAGACUUCCAGAAAACGUUUGACCUGUGUCAUUGCCAACAAAGUGUAUAUAACAAAGUAUUGAGAAACUUUUGUUAUUGACCAAAUACUUAUUUUCCACCAUAAUUUGCAAAUAAAUUCAUUAAAAGUCCUACAAUGUGAUUUUCUGGAUUUUUUUUCUCAUUUUGUCUGUCAUAGUUGACGUGUACCUAUGAUGAAAAUUACAGGCCUCUCUCAUCUUUUUAAGUGGGAGAACUUGCACAAUUGGUGGCUGACUAAAUACUUUUUUUCCCCACUGUAUGUCUCUCAAGAUUCAACACUGUCAAACCAACAGAAGUUGAUAGGAAUUGACUUACUUCAGCUCAUGAUAAAAUCAAGCAUACUUACCUUACACACAAACCUCAAUCAGUACAAUACACUCAAAAUUGGUUGAACGAAAAUGCUCUUAUACUCUCUUGUCUCAUCACAAAAAUAACCCUCUCAAUUACCUCUCAAACCAUUGACAGCGAGACUGAUAGUGAACGUGCUGGAUGUGAAUGACAACGCCCCGCGGUUCAGACCCUUUGGAGUGGCCAACUUCUCAGAGAAGAUUCUGGAAGGCGCUCAGCCAGGCACCACUCUGCUGUCCGUGUCAGCCGUGGACCCAGACAAAGGCCCUAACGGACAGAUCAUCUACCAGCUGCUACACCUGCCCCGAGGGGACUACCUCAGACUGGAGGACCCCUCAACUGGUAUAACACAGACACAAACACACACUGACACAAAUCUCACUCCAAAAGCGCACAUCAAAACUUUUUAGGACAUACACAUUUGAUUGACUAUAUACAAAAAUGUUACCCCUUGUAAAAAUACUAAACAACCUUAGUCCAAACACCUAGCGACCUCAACAAUAGAUUUGAGCCUUUUGAUAUAAUGGUUUUGGAAUGAAAGUCACAGGGACCAGGGUUUGAGUCCCAGUCAGGGUACCCCCUAAUUAACUACAUUGGUGUCAGGUGUUGGAUAGCACCAUUGAAAGCAUGUCGCAGCUAAGUUGUAGUCACAGUUUAUUUUUCAGAAGCAUGGUUCCGCCAUUUUUAGUAAUUGAUGUGCUAGCUGAAAUGUAUAGCAUUCUACUAAAGUAAUCAGAACUAUUCUUACUAUAUUUAACUUUAUUCAGCUUGAAUUCUAAAUUUAACACAUCUCUCACUACCAUAACAAAUAUUUUUCGACAGCUAAAGCAAGCACACACAUUUUCUUCAGGAAAUGUACCUAUUCUUAGUUUAGUCAUAUUUAUCUUACAUUAGAAGAGUUCACUCUAGGCUGACUAGCAUCUGCAAUGCCUUCAGAAAGUAUUCAUACCCCUUGACUCAUUCCACAUUUUGUUGUGUUACAACCUGAAUUCAAAAUGGGUUAAAUAUUUUAAAAAAUCUUACCCAUCUACACACAACACCCCAUAAUGACGAAGUGACAACAUGUUUUUAGAAAUGUUUGCAAAUUUGUUGAAAAUGAAAGACAGAAAUAUCUCAUAAGUAUUCACAAAAUAAAUUGUAAAGUGGUUGUCCCACUGGCUAUCAUAAGGUGAAUGCACCAAUUUGUAAGUCGCUCUGGAUAAGAGCGUCUGCUAAAUGACGUAAAUGUAAAUAUACAUACUAUAUACAUUUUACGGACAUGGUACAAGGAUACGGUACAUUUUACAUUAGUUAUCUUUUAUUUUUAUUUUGUAUUUUUGUCCCACACUUCAGCUACCAGAAAACCCCUACCAUCGAUCUCUGAAAACCAUCCAGUUUUGAUUUCUACUUACCAUAUAUUUUUCAACUUUGCUGUGAUGUUUCACAAAAGUUCUGAACCUUUCUAUUCUCAUAGUUUCUACAGAUUUAAAUGAAAGAUUAACAUUUUUACUAAGAUAUUAUUGAUCGAUUGACUAUCCUUUUCAAGUAAUUUGCAGAUCUAGCUUUAAGCAAAUGUUGUGAUUUUUCAGCCAUUCCUGAACCUGUGACCAAAAACAAGCUACAUAUGGGAAGUACCAAAACAAGUGAUCUAAAAAUUAUCUCUCUUCGCAGCAAAAUCUGCAGAGCUGGGAUGAUUGUAUCCCACAUAUACAUAACACUCUAAUGGUUGCAAGAAUGUUGUUUGGAAUACGGUGUUGUUUUGUGUAUCAGUUCAUAAACCAUGUGCCAUGGAAUCGGCACAUCAAAAGUCUCUUCCCAACUAUUUUGCAACCUGUAUGGUGCAGCUGUAAAAAAAAGGUGUCCUUAAAUUAAACUGGUAUACUUUUUUGUUUAUCACAAUUUUCUUUAUCACAAAGUUCCUUAACUUUAUUUUAUUUUUUUCAUUUAGCAGACGCUAUAUUUUUGUUAGCUGCAUGUGUGACAUAACUCAUUAAAAGAGAUUAUACAAUAUUUUAUUUUAUUCCCCGAAAAGAGUGUGCAAAGCUGUCAUCUAGGCAAAUGGUGGCUAUUUGAAGAAUAUUUUGAUUUGUUUAACACUUCUUUGGUUACUACAUAACCAAUUCAAUAAUUAAUGAGGGUGAUUUUUCCACAAAUAGACAGGGAUUUGCCUUUCCAUGGUAGCAAGAUCUUAUCUAUUUUUGCUAACGUUCUAUUAAAAUGUAGUAUAGUGAGAUCAUUUAUUUAUUUUCGGGAUAUGAAUACUGAGUAUGUCCACUUCACCGUCAGACCAUUUUAUUGGUAAACUACAGUUGUAUUUUUUUGCUUUGGUUGUACCAUAGUUUGGUUGUAAUCCAGAGAGGAAUUAUCUAGAUCCUCUAUGAGGCUGUGCAGGGAUCCAAAUUGCAGAUUAAAAAGAAAACAUGAGUUGUCAGCGUACAAUGACACCUUUUGUUUUUUAUCCCCGGAUUUCUAGCCCCUUGAUAUUAUUACUGUAUCUAAUUUUAAUAGCUAACAUUUCGAUGGCCAUAGUAAAUAGAUAUGCCAAUAGUGGACAACCUUGUUUCACUUGUAUUGAUAGUUUAAUAGUUUUUGAGAAGUAGCCAUUAAUUACUAUUUUACAACUGGGGUUACUAUACACAACUUUAACCCGUUGUAUAAGAGAUCCAAAAUUAAAAUAGUCCAGGCAUUUACACAUAAAUUCUAGUCGCCCUUUAUUAAAAUCCUUUUCAAAAUCAGCUAUGAAUACUAGGCCUGGUUUCCCAGCAUUUUCAUAGUGUUCUAUUGUUUCCAGUACUUCUCUUAUAUUAUCUCCAAUGUAUUGUCCCAUGUGAAAAAACUUGUCUGAUUAGGAUGAAUAAUAUCCGACAAUACUUUUGUAAUUCUAUGCGCUAUGCAUUUUGCUAGAAUUUUUGCAUCACAACUCUGAAGUGUAAGGGGCCUCUAGGUUUUUAGGCGGACUGGAUCUUUAUAUUUACCACCUGGGUCUUGUUUUAGUAAUAGUGAAAUCAGACCUUCUUGCUGAGUAUCUGAUAGUCUACUGACGGAGUAACCCAUGAUUCACCAAAUGAUAUUUUGAAGGAGGAAACAAGGUACUUUAAGCAAAUGUUUUCGUUUGUCGCCUCCAUCUCCUCUAACUGAAGCUAAUUGUAGAGAUGUUUUUCCCCCAUUGAUAAUGUACAAUUAACAGCCAAACAGAAAGACUCAUGUGAAGGUGAAAUUACAGAGGAGGAACUUCUGGAUGCAAUUAAAGACUUUAAGUCCGGGAAAACUCCAGGGUUGGAUGGCAUACCAGUGUAAGUAUACCAAACCUUUUUUGAUAUACUAAGAGGACCGUUAUUAGCAUGUUUUAACCACUCCUAUGUAAAUGGUAGAUUAUCUGACACUCAAGGAGAAGGUCUGAUCUCAUUAUUACUGAAACAGGAUACAAGUGGAAAAUAUAAAGAUCAAGUCCAUAAAAAAAUUGGAGGCCCCUUACACUUCACUGUUGUGAUGCAAAAAUUCUAGCAAAAUGUAAUAGCGCAUAGAAUUAAAAAGGUAUUGUCGGAUAUUACUCAUUCUAAUCAGACAGGUUUUUUACAUGGAACGAUACAUUGGAGAUAAUAUAAGGCAAGUAUUGGAAACAAUAGAACAUUAUGGAAAAUCGGAGAAACCAGGCCUGCUAUUCAUAGCAGACUUCGAAAAGGCAUUUGAUAAAGUACGCCUGGAACAUUUCAAUUUUGGUGAAUCUCUUAUAAAAUGGGUCAAAAUCAUGUAUAGUAACCCUAUGUGUAAAAUAGUAAAUAAUGGCUAUUUCUCAGAAAGUUUUAAACUGUCAAGAGGAGUGAAACAAGGUUGUCCACUAUCGGCAUAUCUAUUUAUUGUGGCCAUCGAGGUGUUAGCUAUUAAAAUCAGAUCCAACAAUAAUAUCAGGGGAUUAGAAAUCCAGGGCGUAAAAACAAAGGUGUCAUUGUAUGCUGAUGAUUCAUGUUUUAUUUUAAAUCCACAACUAGAAUCACUCCACAGCCUCAUAGAGGAUCUAGAUACAUUUUCUAACCUCUCUGGAUUACAACCAAACUAUGACAAAUGUACUAUAUUACGUAUUGGAUCAAUAAAAAAUAAAACAUUUACAUUGCCAUGUAGUUUACCAAUAAAAUGUGGAUAUACUCGGAAUACAUAUCCCAAAGGAAAUUAAUGAUCUCACUUCAAUAAAUUAUAAUAGAAAGUUAGCAAAAAUAGAUAAGAUCUUGCUACCAUGGAAAGGUGGGUGCCUGUCAAUUUGUGGAAAAAUCACCCUGAUUAACUCUUUAGUAUUAUCCCAGUUUACCUAUUUGCUUAUGGUCUUGCCUACACCUAGCGAACAGUUUUUUAAAUUAUAUGAGAACAAAAUAUUCCAUUUUAUUUGGAACGGCAAGCCAGACAAAAUUAAACGGGCCUAUUUAUAUAAUGAAUAUGAAUUCGGAGGACAGAAAUAAUUAAAUAUUAAAGCAUUAGACCUAUCACUAAAAGCUUCAGUCAUACAAAAGUUAUACUUAAAUCCGAACUGGUUCUCUAGCAAAUUAGUAAGAUUGUCUCACCCAAUGUUCAAGAAUGGCCUUUUUCCCUUUAUUCAGAUUACAACCACUCACUUUCAGUUAUUUGAAAAGGAAAUCAUCUCCCAGAUAUCACUAUUUCUAAAACAAGCCAUAGAAAGUUGGUUGCAUUUUCAAUUUAAUCCUCCAGAAACGACAGAACAAAAAAUGCAACAAAAAUUGUGGUUAAACUUAAAUAUACUAAUUGACAAAAAAACUAUUUUUUUGACAAAAUGUUUAAAAAAGGUAUAAUCUUUGUAAAUGAUAUCAUCAGUAGGACUGGUGGAGUUAUGUCGCACAUGCAGCUAACAAAAACAUAUGUAAAUGUCUGCUCUACCCAAAAUUACAACCAAAUAAUUGCAGCCUUACCGCAAAAAUGGAAGAGGAAAGUGGAAGGAGGAGAAAGUAAGGAACUUGUCUGUCUGCCUUGCAUUAAAGAACAUAAUUGGUUAAGGAAAACUGUGAUAAAUAAAAAAAGUAUAUCAGUUUCAUUUAAGGACCAAAGGAUUGACAGCCGUCCCAUAUAGAUUGCAAAAUAGUUGGGAAGAGAUUUUUGACGUACCGAUCCCAUGGCAUAGUGUUUAUGAACUGAUACGCAAAACGACACCGGAUUAAAUUAUUAUAUACAAUUAUUGCUACCAAUAGAAUGUUAUUUAUAUGGGGGAUACAAUCUUCCCAGCUCUGCAGAUUUUGCUGCGAAGAGACAGAAUCAUUAGUUUUGGUACUGUCCAUUUGUAGCUUGUUUUUGGACACAGGUCCAGGAAUGGCUAAAGGAUUGCAAUAUUUACCUGGAGCUAACCCUGCAGAUAGCACUACUGGGUGAUCUGAAAAGUCAUAGUCAAUCGAUCAAUAACAUAAUAAUACUAUUAGCAAAAAAAAUUAUUUUCAAUUCACAAUCUGUAGAAACAAUGAGAAUAGAAAGGUUCAGAACUUUUGUAAGACAUCACAGUACAGUUGAAAUAUACAGUAUUUGGUUAACUAUUUAACUAACUAUUUAGCAGUCUUAUGGCUUGGGGGUAGAAGCUGUUCAGGGUCCUGUUGGUUCCAGACAUGGUGUGUUGGUACCGCUUGCUGUGCGAUAGCAGAGAGAACAGUCUAUGACAGGGUUCUCCAACCCUGUUCCUGGAGAGCUACCCUCCUGUAGCUUUCUGCUCCAACUCCAGUUGUAACUAACCUGAUUCAUCUUAUCAACCAGAUAAUUAUUAGAAUUAGGUACGCUAGAUUAGGAUUGGAGUGAAAACCUACAGGACGGUAGCUCUCCAGGAACAGGGUUGGACACCCCUGGUCUAUGACUUGGGUGACUGGAGUCUUUGACAAUUUUUAGGACCUUUCUCUGACACUGCCUGGUAUAGAGGUCCUGGAUGGCAGGGAACUUGGCCCAAGUGAUGUACUGGGCCGUAUGCACUACCCUCUGUAGCGCCUUGCGGUCGGAUGCCAAGCAGUUGCCAUACCAAGCGGUGAUGCAGCCAGUCAAGAUGCUCUCAAUGGUGCAGCUGUAUACCUUUUUGAGGAUCUGAGGGCCCAUGUCAAAUCUUUUCAGCCUCCUGAGGGGGAAUAUUGUUUGUUGUGCCAUCUUCAUGACUGUGUUGGUGUGUUUGGACCAUGAUAGGUCCUUAGUGAUGUGGACACCGAGGAAUUUGAAGCUCUCGAUCCGCUCCACUUCAGCCCCGUCGAUGUGAAUCGGGGUGUGCUCGGCCCUCCGUGUCCGUUGUCUUGCUGAAAUUGAGGGAGAGGUUGUUGUCCUGGCACCACACUGCCAGGUCUCUGACCUCCUCCCUUUAGGCUGUCAAAUCGUCGCCAGUGAUCAGGCCUACCUACGUCGUGUCAUCUGCAAAUGAUGGUAUUGGAGUCAUACGCGGCGACGCAGUCAUGGGUGAACAGGGAGUACAGGAGGGGAGCGUGCACCCCUGAGGGUCCCCUGUGUUGAGGGUCAGCGUGGCGGAUGUGUUGUUGCCGAUCCAGUUGCAGAGGGAGGUGUUCAGUCCCAGGGUCCUUAGCUUAGUGAUGAGCUUGGAGGGCACUAUGGUGUUGAAUGCUGAUCUGUAGUCAAUGAACAGCAUUCUCACGUAGGUGUUUCUUUUGUCCAAGUGGGAAAGGGCAGUGUGGAGUGCAAUAGAGAUUGCGUCAUCAGUGGAUCUGUUGGGAUGUGAGGGCUACGGGGCGAUAGUCAUUUAGACGGGUUACCUAGGCUUUCUUGGGCACAGGGAUUAUGGUAGUCUGCUUGAAACAUGUACAGUAGGUAUUACAGACUGGGUCAGGGAUAGGUUGAAAAUGUCAGUUGGUCAACGCAUGCUCCGAGUACGUAUCCUGGUAAUCCGUCUGGCCCUGCGGCCUUGUGAAUGUUAAGCUGUUUAAAGGUCUUACUCACAUCAGCUACGGAGAGCUUGAUUACACAGUCGUCCAGAACAGCAGGUGAUCUCACACAUGGUUUAGUGUUGCUUGACUCAAAGCGAGCAUAGAAGGUAUUUAGCUCGUCUGGUAGACUCGUGUCACUGGGCAGCUCGCGGCUGGGUUUCCCUUUGUAAUCCGCGAUAGUUUGCAAGCCCUGCCACAACCGACGAGCAUCAGAGCCGGUGUAGUAGGAUUCGAUCUUAGUCCUGUAUUGACAAUUUGCCUGUUUGAUGGUUCAUCUGAGGGCAUAGCAGGAUUUUUUUAUAAGCAUCCGGGUUAGUGUCCUGUUCCUUGAAAGUGUCAGCUCUAGCCUUUAGCUCAAUGCGGAUGUUGCCUGUAGUUGCACAUUUAACAUGCUGGUAGAAAUUAGGUAAGACGGAUUUCAGUUUUCUUGCAUUAAAAUCACCAGCCACUAGGAGCGCCGCCUCUGGAUGAGCAUUUUCUUGUUUGCUUAUGGCCCUAUACAGCUCGUUGAGUGCGGUCUUAGUGCCAGCAUCGUUGUUUUGGUGGUAAAUAGACAACUACGAAAAAUAUAGAUGAAAACUCUCUUCGUAAAUGGUAUGGUCUACAGCUUAUCAUGAGGUAUUCUAACUCAGGCUAGCAGAACCUUGAGACUUCCAUGAUAUUAGAGAUUUGCACACCAGUUGUUAACAAAGAGACACACACUACUCCCUUGAGCUUACCCGACGCUGCUGUUCCGUCCUGCUGAUGUAUAGAAAAACCAGCUAGUUGUAUAUUAUCCAUGUCCUUGUUCAGCCAACAUAGGAUAUUGCAGUUCUUCAGGUCCCGUUGACAGGAAAGUCUUGAACGGAGCUUGUCCAGUUUCUCCAGUAACUGUAACUUCGCUAAUAGAACCGAGGAUAGAGGUGGUUUAUUUACUCAGCGCUUUGAUUCAUCAUAGAAUUCUGAAAAUGGAAUAGCUGGGUAUUGAAGCUCAUUUUUGAAAAAUCAACCAAACAUUCUAAAUGCAAACAUUCUGCAAACUUUGCAUCGGUCAUUCAGAAUUGACAUGACAAUGAAACAGAAUGAAAUUAUUGGAUGUAGCAUACUGUGCAUCAUGUAAAAUCAGUUUUACAUUGAACCCAGAGUUGAAACAAACAACCCCCCCCCCCCCCCCCCACACACACACACACACACACACACAACAAUGUAGUGAGCCUUUAUAAGCAAACAUCAUUAAUAUAAUUAGUAUAUUUAUGAUGAGAAAUGUUCUGGUAAACAUUGUGUUGUUGUGCAGGUAAGAUUGUAGCCAACCGGACGGUGGACUUUGAGCAGGUGCAGUGGCUGAACUUCACAGUGAGAGCCCAGGACCACGGCAGUCCACCCAGAGUGGCAGAGCUUCCUGUCUACCUGCGUAUUGUAGAUGUCAAUGAUAACAACCCCAUCUUUACACAACCCUCUUACCAGGUACCAAAAAUAUUGAUUCAUAAUAUACAGUGGGGAGAACAAGUAUUUGAUACACUGCCGAUUUUGCAGGUUUUCCUACUUACAAAGCAUGUAGAGGUCUGUAAUUUUUAUCAUAGGUACACUUCAACUGUGAGAGACGGAAUCUAAAACAAAAAUCCAGAAAAUCACAUUGUAUGAUUUUUAAGUAAUUAAUUUGCAUUUUAUUGCAUGACAUAUGUAUUUGAUACAUCAGAAAAGCAGAACAUAAUAUUUGGUACAGAAACCUUUGUUUGCAAUUACAGAGAUCAUACGUUUCCUGUAGGUCUUGACCAGGUUUGCACACACUGCAGCAGCGAUUUUGGCCCACUCCUCCAUACAGACCUUCUCCAGAUACUUCAGGUUUCGGGACUUUCAGCUCCCUCCAAAGAUGUUCUAUUGGGUUCAGGUCUGGAGACUGGCUAGGCCACUCCAGAACCUUGAGAUGCUUCUUACGGAGCCACUCCUUAGUUUCCCUGGCUGUGUGUUUCGGGUCGUUGUCAUGCUGGAAGACCCAGCCAUGACCCAUCUUCAAUGCUCUUACUGAGGGUCUCGCGAUACAUGGCCCCAUCCAUCCUCCCCUCAAUACGGUGCAGUCGUCCUGUCCCCUUUGCAGAAAAGCACCCCCAAAGAAUGAUGUUUCCACCUCCAUACUUCACGGUUGGGAUGGUGUUCUUGGGGUUGUACUCAUCCUUCUUCUUCCUCCAAACAAGGCGAGUGGAGUUUAGACUAAAAAGCUCUAUUUUUGUCUCAUCAGACCACAUGACCUUCUCCCAUUCUUCCUCUUGAUCAUCCAGAUGGUCAUUGGCAAACUUCAGACGGGCCUGGACAUGCGCUGGCUUGAGCAGGGGGACCUUGCGUGCGCUGCAGGAUUUAAAUCCAUGACGGUGUAGUGUGUUACUAAUGGUUUUCUUUGAGACUGUGGUCCCAGCUCUCUUCAGGUCAUUGACCAGGUCCUGCCGUGUAGCUCUGGGCUGAUCCCUCACCUUCCUCAUGAUCAUUGAUGCCCCACGAGGUGAGAUCUUGCAUGGAGCCCCAGACCGAGGGUGAUUGACCGUCAUCUUGAACUUCUUCCAUUUUCUAAUAAUUGCGCCAACAGUUGUUGCCUUCUCACCAAGCUGCUUGCCUAUUGUCCUGUAGCCCAUCCCAGCCUUGUGCAGGUCUACAAUUUUAUCCCUGAUGUCCUUACACAGCUCUCUGGUCUUGGCCAUUGUGGAGAGGUUGGAGUCUGUUUGAUUGCGUGUGUGGACAGGUGUAUUUUAUACAGGUAACGAGUUCAAACAGGUGCAGUUAAUACAGGUAAUGAGUGGAGAACAGGAGGGCUUCUUAAAGAAAAACUAACAGGUCUGUGAGAGCCGGAAUUCUUACUGGUUGGUAGGUGAUCAAAUACUUAUGUCAUGCAAUAAAAUGCAAAUUAAUUACUUAAAAAUCAUACAAUGUGAUUUUCUGGAUUUUUGUUUUAGAUUCCGUCUCUCACAGUUGAAGUGUACCUAUGAUAAAAAUUAUAGACCUCUACAUGCUUUGUAAGUAGGAAAACCUGCAAAAUCGGCAGUGUAUCAAAUACUUGUUCUCCCCACUGUACACUGCAAAAUGUUUCACCCUUAGUAGUACUCACUUGAUAUCAUUUCUAUUGUGAUGGUCUGAGUUUGAGCACGCGUCUUGUUUUUGUUGUUGCCACUGUUUACUGUGACUGCCACCCCUUCCCCUUUCUUGUCUCCUUUUUUGUUGUUGCAAAGUGCAUUGUAGCAUGUAUUUUUGAAAUGAAUGUUGAUUUGAUUUGAUUAGUCAAUACAUCAAAGUGACAUUUGUAUUUCUAUUUGUAUUUAUUAUGGAUCCCCAUUAGCUGCUGCCAAGGCAGCAGCUAAUCUUCCUGGGGUCUAGCAAAAUUAAGGCAGUUAUGCCCUCAGGCCCUUACUCUACUACCACAUAUCUACAACACAAAAUCCAUGUGUAUAGUGCGUAUGUUAUCGUGUUUGCAUGCAUGUGUUUGUGCCUAUGUUUGUGUUGCUUCACAGCCCAUUCUUAUCAAUUUUUUAAAUCAAAUUUUACUGCUUGCAUUAGUUACUUGAUGUGAAAUAGAGUUCCAUGUAGUCAUGCCUCUAUGUAGUACUGUGCGCCUCCCAUAGUCUGUUCUGGACUUGGGGACUGUGAAGAGACCUCUGGUGGCAUGUCUUGUGGGGUAUGCAUGGGUGUCCGAGCUGUGUGCCAGUAGUUCAAACAGACGGUGCAUUCAACAUGUCAAUACUUCUCACAAAUACAAGUAGUGAUGAAGUCAAUCUCUCCUCCACUUUGAGCCAGGAGAGAUUGACAUGCGUAUUAUUAAUGUUAGCUCUCUGUGUACAUCCAAGGGUAAGCCGUGCUGCCCUGUUCUGAGCCAAUUACAUCAAGGUGUUCUGUGUGAGUGUGUCUGUGUGUAUGCUGAUGUUGUUGUGUCUCUUUGUCCCUUUGCAGAAGCCAGUGUUUGAGGAUGUUGACUUGGGCACGGUCUUAUUGAGAGUCAGUGCCACAGAUGCAGACUCUGGCCUCUUCUCUGUCAUCGAAUACGGCCUAGUAGAUGGAGAGGGCAAGUUUGGCAUCACUCCCUCCACUGUGAGUUCUACAACACACACACACACACACACACACACACACACACUUUGUAGUGCUUGAAGUGGACUUCACGUUUUUUACUUCACGUAUCACUGCACUUCACAAAUUGGUGCUGGCACUCAUUUUGGGGUGCUGGUACUGUUUAUAUUCAGGAGCCCGGAACCUUUUAAGCCAAUAUUCUAUAAGAAGUACCGGUACUCAAGCAGUAGAAAAUGAUUUAUGCACCUGUCCAAUCCAAGCACUGCACGUACGCACAAACACACAUACAUACACACAAACACACACACAGAGACACACACACAUACACACACACAAAACUCUCUCUCAUCUCUUUCAUUUUCACUUUCUCUUGUACUCUUUCUCUUUCAAAGAAAAUGAACUAACUCAUCUAUGUUGACUGAUUACACAACAAAUGAAGGAGGAGUUCAGAAGGUAAAAAAUAACAGUUUGUCUGCACACACUGAAGAUGAACCCUCCAGUCAUUGGGAGGUCAGAAAUAAUAAUAACGGAGUGGCUAUGGAUACCAGCGGAGGCUUGUGACUUGAAAAAUUGAGUGCACGAAGACGACAAAACGUGUUUAAAAAAUCGUCAAAGACUAAUUAUUUUAACCUAAAGUAUUUAAUAAAGACAUUUAUAUUACAAUAUUAUGGGGAAUGGGAAUGAGAGGGCGACUUACACAGUGUUGGGAAGGGAUCAGUGAUUGAAUGAGGGUAUGAGGCAUGAGUUGAGGUGUUCAUAGGCUUGACUUCAGUGCAGGACAGGGGUUGAGGUGUUCAUAGGCUUCAGUGUAGGACAGGCUCAUCAUGGAUUGAUGGUGUGGGAGAAGAGCUCAACCCUUCUACUGAGGGCAGGACAGGAUUUGACUGGGAAGACAAAAAACAAUAACACAAAACACAACACAGUUAGAAAAAAGAGCUAAGAAUGAGUUAGUCCAAGCAAGGAGUAAAAACAUUGAUGUUUAAUAAUGUGAUUGUGUUUGUGUGUCUGAUUGACUCUACAGACAGUAAUGAGAGAAAAUUGAUAGGGGUAUUCAGUGCUUGGAGAAUAAACAUUCAAUGUGCCAGUGGAUGAGCGGGCACAUGAGACGUGGCUUCAGUUCAUGUCAGGAGAGCGUUAACAAUGGGAGUGGAGUGGAGUGGUCAUCACCUCUUAAUCAGGGAACAUGAGGGGACUUAGCUGUAAAUACAAAUAGCAGAUACAUACCAUUACAGGUGCUUAAUCGUAGGUUUGGGCAACGAGUUUCUCCAUGAAAUUAAAUUCAGACAUCUUAGAAUUGACAAAGUCAAACAGACUGCACAUCUCGCCCACUUGACACAUCAAGUAGCUCAAGAAACGUUCCUGAAUAAAGCCCUGAUCAUCCACAUACCUGAUGAUAACUGACAACUGCAUGCAGACUGGUGGCACCAUAUGUCCCAGAGUGGUGGGGCAAUUUUUUCCCACUGGGGCCUGGAGUUUUUCCUUAUCUGUUAACCUAACCAGGACAACUCUGGACCAUAUAAGGUAUGACAGUGAUUAAUCAGUUGUAAAAAGGUGUUUUGAUCAGAUGGACAGGGUGCAUAGGCUGUAUGCAGCUGCUAUUAUUAGUAGCCUACAGUUGAUCAGACUGAAAAAUCGUCUCGUUUUCAUCCCAUACAGCAUGUCAGAUCUCUAAUGUUUAGGUGUAGCCUAGGCUGCUGCAACAUUUAUGUAAUGAGUUUUUGCUUGUGUCUGUCCAGAGGGAUUAUGUGUUAUCACCUUUGCUAAAUAAAUACAGAAGGAAAGUGGAAAGCCUACUGCGUGAAAAAAUGCACUGCGUCAACGUCUAUCUUUAAUCUCACUUUUAAUGAAUGAUGUGAUGGAAGCUAAUCCCAGAAAAGACAGUCGAAAGUUCCAUAUGUUCAGCAAGUAAAGCAUCGUAACGUGCUAUUACCUCUGCAAGCUACUUGUAGUUGCCCUUGUUAGCAGAACUUUCCCUAUCUUAGUGUCCUCUGAAAGCCAAUUCUUGCAUGCCCAAAAAUGCAGUGGUGUCGAUAAGCCGCUUGCGAACAUCCCUGUUUCUUCUUACUUUCUCGCUGUGUUGCGCAGUUUCAAUACACAGACCUUCCUCCAUUACAUGAUCGAUGCGGCUUUUUCCCAAAAGCUUGAAUCUGAUGUGGGCAUUUAUAUGCUCCCUGCUUUUGUUAUGCCAUUUGCUGAAUGAUCAAUGUUCUUUAAGUCACUGUACCCCCGUUUAGCACAAGUCUCAGACUUUCCAUAAAGCAGGCAAGGCCAGCAAUACAGGCGGCUUGAUGAAAGGCUCCCUGUUAACCACCUAUACUUUCGAGAUCAAUUGGUAUUGAACGCUCUCACCUUUUCAUCCUUCUUCAUGAAACUGAUCUAAGGCAGAGGUCGACCCUUGGUUUUAAUUUGCACCUUUUCCGUGUACCCCAGAGAAUGAAAGGGGUUCUUCAACAAAAAGUCCACAACAUUUUCGGUAAUGUUCCCCAUUCUGCCAUUCUGGCGGCGAAAACUGCAUGUUAGCAAGGCACAACCCCAACACAACACACUAGGUUCAUUAUCUGAUCCUAAACCUAUGAUUGGAUGGACAACAUGUCAGUUCAUACUGCAAAAGCUUUGACUAGUUGAAAGUCGUCCUCCGGAAGUGGUCAUAAUUACCAUGUAGGUCUAUGGAAGAGGGUGAGGCAUACGAGCCUCCUAGGUUUUGUAUUGAAGUCAAUGUAGCCAGAGGAAAACGGAAGAUAGCUGUCCUCCGGCUACACCAUGGUGCUACCCCAGAGAGUGCUGUUGAAGUUACUAUAGACCGUCAUUGCAAAACAGUGUGUUUUAAUCAAUUAUUUGGUGACAUAUUAAUAUAUUUAUAGUUUUAACUUAAAAGGAUAACUUUUUAAUAUUUCACUAUUUUUAUUUUUAUGAAAUUUCCCUGAGGAGGAUGUUCCUCCUCUGAGGAGCCUCCACUGACGGAUACAGAGUUUCUGUAUCCCAAUUUGCCCAGGCUGAAUAUACAGAUAUUUCUGCGCAGGAUUUAUUUUGGGUAGAUGAGUGCCGACUCCACUGCCUAUAUACAGUUGAAGUUGGAAGUGUACAUACACCUUAGCCAAAUACAUUUAAACUCAGUUUUUCACAAUUCCUGACAUUUAAUCCUAGUAAAGAUUCCCUGUCUUAGGUUAGUUAGGAUCACCACUUUUAUUUUAAGAAUGUGAAAUGUCAGAAUAAUAGUAGAGAUAAUGAUUUAUUUCAGCUUUUAUUUCUUUCAUCACAUUCCCAGUGGGUCAGAAGUUUACAUACACUCAAUUAGUAUUUGGUAGCAUUGCCUUUAAAUUGUUUAACUUGGGUCAAAUGUUUCGGGUAGCCUUCCACAAGCUUCCCACAAUAAGUUGGGUGAAUUUUGGCCCAUUCCUCCUGACAGAGCUGGUGUAAUUGAGUCAGGUUUAUAGGCCUCCUUGCUCGCACACGCUUUUUCAGUUCUGCACCCCACAUUUUCUAUAGUAUUGAGGUCAGGGCUUUGUGAUGGCCACUCCAAUACCUUGACUUUGUUGUCCUUAAGCCAUUUUGCCACAACUUUGGAAGUAUGCUUGGGGUCAUUGUCCAUUUGGAAGACCCAUUUACGACCAAGCUUUAACUUCCUGAGAUGUUGCUUCAAUAUAUCGACAUAAUUUUCCUUCCUCAUGAUGCCAUCUAUUUUGUGAAGUGCACCAGUCCCUCCUGCAGCAAAGCACCCCCACAGCAUGAUGCUGCCACCUCCGUGCUUCAAGGUUGUGAUGGUGUUUUUCGGUUUGCAAGCGUCCACCUUUUUCCUCCAAAUAUACAAAUAUAACGAUGGUCAUUGUGGCCAAACAGUUCUAUUUUUGUUUAAUCAGACCAGAGGACAUUUCUCCAAAAAGUACGAUCUUUGUCCCCAUGUGCAGUUGCAAACCGUAGUCUGGCUUUCUUAUGGCGGUUUUGGAGAAGUGGCUUCUUUCUUGUUGAGCAGCCUUUCAGGUUAUGUCGAUAUAGGACUCGUUUUACUGUGGAUAUAGAUACUUUUGUACCUGUUUCCUCCAGCAUCUUCACAAGGUGCUGUUGUUCUGGGAUUGAUUCACACUUUUCGCACCAAAGUACAUUCAUCUCUAGGAGACAGAACUCGUCUCCUUCCUGAGCGGUAUGACGGCUGCGUGGUCCCAUGGUGUUUAUACUUGCGUACUAUUUUUUGUACAGAUGAACGUGGUACCUUCAGGCGUUUGGAAAUUGCUCCCAAGGAUGAACCAGACUUGUGGAGGUCUACAAUUCUUUUUUUGAGGUCUUGGCUGAUUUCUUUUGAUUUUCCCAUGAUGUCAAGCAAAGAGGCACUGAAGGUAGGCCUUGAAAUACAUCCACAGGUACACCUCCAAUUGACUCAAAUUAUAUAAAUUAGCCUAUCAGAAGCUUCUAAAGCCAUGACAUCUUUUUCUGGAAUUUUCCAAGCUGUUUAAAGGCACAGUCAACUUAGUGUAUGUAAACUUCUGCCCCACUGGAAUUGUGAUACAGUGAAUUAUAAGUGAAAUAAUCUGUCUGUAAACAAGUCGGUUAGGACAAGUAGAUGUCCUAACCGACUUGCCAAAACUAUAGUUUGUUAACAAGAAAUUUGAAGAGUGGUUGAAAAACUAGCGAUGAAGUGUAGGGACUGUAUCCUGCUCGUGCAACUGCAAUAUCCGUUACCACAGACAGACAGAAGGUUGUAGCCUUCAUAAUAUAUAUGUUUUGGAAUGUUCUUUCAAAUCGCUGCAAGGUUUUUAAUUCAGCUGUUCAGAAAUAUGAGGCAGAGACAUAGGCUACAUCAUCAUUGUUCAGAAGAGGGUGAGUAAAGAGCGAAACGUGAAGGGAGCAGCAGCUACAUUAGAAAAACUGAUGUGUGUGUGAAAUAACAAAUGUGCAGAACGGAGGGGGGGGGGGGGGGUCUCAAAAUAAUCCUGCAGCAACAGGAAAUUUGAAUUAUUAUGUGGAUUAUAAUUAAUACAUUUUCGUGAGGGCAAAUCAAGUCUGACAUUUUAAAGUGGAAAUUACAAACUUUAGAAUCCUUUUCAAACCUCUAAUACACUACAAAUACUCAGCAACAAAAGAGUGAUCAAAUUAAGAUCCUACAUCUGUAAGUAUGCAUUGAUGGGGAGAACAAGUAUUUGAUACACUGCCGAUUUUGCAGGUUUUCCUACUUACAAAGCAUGUAGAGGUCUGUAAUUUUUAUCAUAGGUACACUUCAACUGUGAGAGACGGAAUCUAAAACAAAAAUCCAGAAAAUCACAUUGUAUGAUUUUUAAGUAAUUAAUUUGCAUUUUAUUGCAUGACAUAAGUAUUUGAUCACCUACCAACCAGUAAGAAUUCCGGCUCUCACAGACCUGUUAGUUUUUCUUUAAGAAGCCCUCCUGUUCUCCACUCAUUACCUGUAUUAACUGCACCUGUUUGAACUCGUUACCUGUAUAAAUGACACCUGUCCACACACUCAAUCAAACAGACUCCAACCUCUCCACAAUGGCCAAGACCAGAGAGCUGUGUAAGGACAUCAUGGAUAAAAUUGUAGACCUGCACAAGGCUGGGAUGGGCUACAGGACAAUAGGCAAGCAGCUUGGUGAGAAGGCAAGAACUGUUGGCACAAUUAUUAGAAAAUGGAAGAAGUUCAAGAUGACAGUCAAUCACCCUCAGUCUGGGGCUCCAUGCAAGAUCUCACCUCGUGGGGCAUCAAUGAUCAUGAGGAAGGUGAGGGAUCAGCCCAGAACUACAUGGCAGGACCUGGUCAAUGACCUGAAGAGAGCUGGGACCACAGUCUCAAAGAAAACCAUUAGUAACACACUUUGCUGUCAUGGAUUAAAAUCCUGCAGCGCACGCAAGGUCCCCCUGCUCAAGCCAGCGCAUGUCCAGGCCCGUCUGAAGUUUGCCAAUGACCAUCUGGAUGAUCCAGAGGAGGAAUGGGAGAAGGUAAUGUGAUCUGAUGAGACAAAAAUAGAGCUUUUUGGUCUAAACUCCACUCGCCUGGGUUUGGAGGAAGAAGAAGGAUGAGUACAACCCCAAGAACACCAUCCCAACGUGAAGCAUGGAGGUGGAAACAUCAUUCUUUGGGGAUGCUUUUCUGCAAAGGGGACAGGACGACUGCUCCGUAUUGAGGGGAGGAUGGAUGGGGCCAUGUAUCGCGAGAUCUUGGCCAACAACCUCUUUCCCUCAGUAAGAGCAUUGAAGAUGGGUCGUGGCUGGGUCUUCCAGCAUGACAACGACCCGAAACACACAGCCAGGGCAACUAAGGAGUGGCUCCGUAAGAAGCAUCUCAAGGUCCUGGAGUGGCCUAGCCAGUCUCCAGACCUGAACCCAAUAGAAAAUCUUUGGAGGGAGCUGAAAGUCCGUAUUGCCCAGCGACAGCCCCGAAACCUGAAGGAUCUGGAGAAGGUCUGUAUGGAGGAGUGGGCCAAAAUCCCUGCUGCAGUGUGUGCAAACCUGGUCAAGACCUACAGGAAACGUAGGAUCUCUGUAAUUGCAAACAAAGGUUUCUGUACCAAAUAUUAUGUUCUGCUUUUCUGAUGACCAAGAACUCGAUGGUCACUCUGACAGAGCUCCAUAGUUCAUCUGUGGAGAUGGGAGAACCUUCCAGAAGGACAACCAUCUCUGCAGCACUCUACCAAUCAGGCCUUUAUGGUAGAGUGGCCAGACGGAAGCCACUCCUGAGUAAAAUGCACCUGAAGGACUCCGACCAUGAGAAACAAGAUUCUCUGGUCUGAUGAAACCAAGAUUGAACUCUUUGGCCUGAAUGCCAAAGAGUUCACAUCUGGAGUGAAGUGUCACAUCUGGAGGAAACCUGGCACCAUUCUUACGGUGAAGCAUGGGGGUGGCAGCAUCAUGUUGUGAGGGAUGUUUUUCAGUGGCAGGGACUGGGAGACUAGUCAGGAUUGAGGGAAAGAUGAACAGAGCAAAGUACAGAGAUAUCUUUCAUGAAAAACCUGCUCCAGAGCACUCAGGAUCUCAGACUGGGGCAAAGGUUCACCUUCCAACAUACCCAAGAACACUCCAGGCUGUAAUUGCUGCCAAAGGUGCUUCAACAAAGUACUGAGUAAAUGGUCUGAAUACUUAUGUAAAUGUGAUAUUUCCGUUUUUUAUUUUGUAUACAUUUAAUAAACAUUUCUUAACCUGUUUUUGCUUUGUCAUUAUGGGGUAUAAAUUGAUGAGGAAAACAAAAAUGUAAUCAAUUUUAGAAUAAGGCUGUGACGUAACAAAAUUUGGAAAUGUCAAGGGGUCUGAAUACUUUCCGAAUGUACUGUAGGUAGAGAUGGGCUGGUUGUGUGUGUAUACAGGUGUGUGUGUGUGGGCAGUAAAAAGUAGGGGCAAAACAAACAAAUGGCCAUCAAUCUAAUUAUCUAAUACACUCGUUCAAACAGGCGUCACUGCGCACUCAUACUUAUCAAUCUAAGAGAACUGGGGUUCACAAGAUAAUAAGGAUAGGUCUAUGAGGCUACUUCAUUGGAAGUCUAGUCUACAUAAAACACCAUGCCAUUUUGCACAAAUUUGUAAGUUAACCUUUCGUUUCGACAUAUAGGCUGCUGUUACUCUCUAAAAUAUGCUAUGCACGGUGUUGGCAUAUGGAGGGGAUUGAGGAUAACAUAAGUGCAGACGCACUUAUCCAGAGCGACUUACAGUUAGUGAGUGCAUACAUUAUUUUAUUUUUUUUCAUACUGGCCCCCCGUGGGAAUCGAACCCACAACCCUGGCGUUGCAAACGCCAUGCUCUACCAACUGAGCUACAUCCCUGCCGGACAUUCCCUCCCCUACCCUGGACGACGCUGGGCCAAUUGUGCGCCGCCCUAUGGGUCUCCCGGUCACGGCCGGCUAUGACAGAGCCUGGAUUCGAACCAGGAUCUCUAGUGGCACAGCUAGCACUGCGAUGCAGUGCCUUAGACCACUGCGCCACUCGGGACAGGGUCUGAUGCACGCAACUCCAUGUCUCUUCGCAGUUUGACAAUGCACCAUGGCCGUUAAAAUGGUAUUGCUUUGGGGAUACCGUGCGUGUGUGUGACACCUGUUUGAUCGAGUGUAUUAGACCCCCCCACACCUGCAUACACUCACAACCCACCUGUCUCUACCUACGGUGGCUUGCGAAAGUAUUCACCCCCCUUGGCAUUUUUCCUUUUUUGUUGCCUUACAACCUGGAAUUAAAAUUGAUUUUUGGGGGGUUUGUAUCAUUUGAUUUACACAACUUGACUACCACUUUGAAGAUGCAAAAUAUAUUUUUUUGUGAAACAAACAAGAAAUAAGACAAAAAAACAGAAAACUUGAGCGUGCAUAACUAUUCAACCCCCAAAGUCAAUACUUUGUAGAGACACCUUUUACAGCAAUUACAGCUGCAAGUCUCUUGGGGUAUGUCUCUAUAAGCAUGGCACAUCUAGCCACUGGGAUUUUUGCCCAUUCUUCAAGGCAAAACUGCUCCAGCUCCUUCAAGCAGGAUGGGUUCCGCUGGUGUACAGCAAUCUUUAAGUCAUACCACAUAUUCUCAAUUGGAUUGAGGUCCAGGCUUUGACUAGGCCAUUCCAAGACAUUUAAAUGUUUCCCCUUAAACCACUCAAGUGUUGCUUUAGCAGUAUGCUUAGGGUCAUUGUCCUGCAGGAAGGUGAACCUCCGUCCCAGUUUCAAAUCUCUGGAAGACUGAAACAGGUGUCCCUCAAGAAUUACCCUGUAUUUAGCGCCAUCCAUCAUUCCUUAAAUUCUGACUAGUUUCCCAGUCCCUGCCGAUGAAAAACAUAUUUACAUUUUAGUCAUUUAGCAGACGCUCUUAUCCAGAGUGACUUACAGUUAGUGAGUGCAUACAUUUUUCAUACUGGCCCCCCUUGGGAAUCGAACCAACAACCCUGGCGUUGCAAGCGCCAAGCUCUACCAACUGAGCUACACGGGGUAACAUCCCCACAGCAUGAUGCUGCCACCACCAUGCUUCACUGAGGGGAUGGUGUUCUCGGGGUGAUGAGAGGUGUUAGGUUUGCGCCAGACAUAACGUUUUUCUUGAUGGUCAAAAAGCUCAAUUUUAGUCUCAUCUGACCAGAGUACCUUCUUCCAUAGGUUUAGGGAGUCUCCCACAUGCCUUUUGGCGAACCCCAAACGUGUUUGCUUAUUUUUUUCUUUAAGCAAUGGCUUUUUUCUGGACACUCUUCCAUAAAGCCCAGCUCUGUGGAGUGUACGGCUUAAAGUGGUCCUAUGGACAGAUACUCCAAUCUCCGCUGUGGAGCUUUGCAGCUCCUUCAGGGUUAUCUUUGGUCUCUUUGUUGCCUCUCUGAUUAAUGCCCUCCUUGCCUGGUCCGUGAGUUUUGGUGGGUGGCCCUCUCUUGGCAGGCUUGUUGUGGUGCCAUAUUCUUUCAAAUUUUUUUUAAUAAUGGAUUUAAUGGUGCUCCGUGGGAUGUUAAAAGUUUCUGAUAUUUUUUUAUAACCCAACCUUGAUCUGUACUUCUCCACAACUUUGUCCAUUACCUGUUUGGAGAGCUCCUUGGUCUUUAUGGUGCCGCUUGCUUGGUGGUGCCCCUUGCUUAGUGGUGUUGCAGACUCUGGGGCCUUUCAGAACAGGUGUAUAUAUACUGAGAUCAUGUGACAGAUCAUGUGACACUUAGAUUGCACACAGGUGGACUUUAUUUAACUAAUUAUGUGACUUCUGAAGGUAAUUGGAUGCACCAGAUCUUAUUUAGGGGCUUCAUAGCAUAGGGGGUGAAUACAUAUGCACGCACCACUUUUCCGUUAUUUAUUUUGUAGAUUUGUUUUUAAUAAGUUAUUUUUUUCAUUUCACUUCACCAAUUUGGACUAUUUUGUGUAUGUCCAUUACAUGAAAUCCAAAUAAAAAUCAAUUUAAAUUACAGGUUGUAAUGCAACAAAAUAGGGAAAACGCCAAGGGGGAUGAAUUAUUUUGCAAGGCACUGUAUGUACUGUACGUAAUCACACAGACUUGGAUGAAAUAUCUUAUCUGAGUUGUGUGGUUCCUCCUUCUGAAAAUAAUCUGUGGCAUAACCUCUUCCAGGUCCUAAUAGGCCUACUUAUAAUCAUAUGGUUAUUACAUGCUAAAAGAUAAAGGAUUUCCUUGUUAUUAAAACCUCUAUGGGAUUGGUGUCCCGUAUACGGGACGGUUGAGCUAACGUGCGCUAAUGUGAUUAGCAUGACUGUUGUAAGUAACAGCAAACUUUCCAGGACAUAGACAUGUCUUAUAUGGGCAUAACGCUUACAUUCUUGUUAAUCUAACUGCACUGUCCAAUUUACAGUAGCUAUGACAGUGAAACAAGACCAUGCUAUUGUUUGAGGAGAGUGCACAACAACAAAAAACAUAUCACGGCAACUGGUUUUAUACAUUCACCUCUGAAGGUAAAUAAUGUAAUCUUGCUCUGAUUUGUCAUCCUAAGGGUCCCAGAGAUAAAAUGUACCAUAGUUUUGUUUAAUAAAAUCAAUUUUUAUAUUCAAAUGUAGGAACUGGGUUCUACAGUUUGAACCCCUGCUGUCUCUGGCUCAACGCCCAGCCAUCUAGAUGUGUGAAAGUUAGUGUAUAAGCUAAUGAUCAAUCAUGUAUGACAUUCCUGGGAGUGUGUAAACUUUUUUGUAUUUUUUUGUAUUUUGUAUUACCAUAUCAUUUGUGUAUGUUCUCUAUAGUUAUGUACUUGAAAAUGUAUCAAUUGACCAAUUCGGCACAUUUGGGCAGACUUGAUACAAAAGAGUCCAGUAUUGCAAUGCUUCACUGGAUCAAUCUGAAACUUUGCACACACACUGCUUCCAUCUAGUGGCCAAAAUUGAGCCUAAACUGCAAUAUUAUAUUGUGGCCUUUCUCUUGCAUUUCAAAGAUGAUGGAACAAAAGACAAACAAUAGAAAACGCAUGUUUUUUUGUUUGUAUUACCUUUUAGCAGAUCUAAUGUGUUAUAUUCUCCUGCAUUAAUUUCACAUUUCCACAAACUUCAAAGUGUUUCCUUUCAAAUGGUAUCAAGAAUAUGCAUAUCCUUGCUUCAGGUCCUGAGCUACAGGCAGUUAGAUUUGGGUAUGUCAUUUUAGGCGAAAAUUGAAAAAAAGUGUCCGAUCCUUAAGAGGUUAUUAAGCCAAUUCUAAAGUAUAGUUUCACCAGGUCAUCUAACUGCAGGCAUUUCAAUGGUGGCGCGCACAGCAAAAGGGAGCUAGGGAGACAUGCAUUUAACCAAAUCCCCUACUCGAAAUUUAAUUUUGACUUUCUUCUCAAAAUAUUGCCACUUUAUUCUCUAAAUAUUGCUGCUUUUUUAAAGGACAUUUCUAUGUACCACCACCCGGCGCCGUUUUUUUGUAUUUAUUUUUAACUUCACUUGGCCCUAAUACUCUUCUGUAGUUUACUGCACCUCUUGGCCCGUCUUCACUAUACUUUAUUUUAAUAAUGAUCUUUCUCCUCUUUCUCCUCCUCCUCCUCCUCCUCUUCUCAGGGUGACAUCUACAUUCUGUCGCCACUGGACAGAGAGACUAAAGACCACUACACCCUGACGGCCAUCGCUAGGGACAACCCUGGGGGCAGCCCCAACAACCGACGAGAGAACUCUGUUCAGGUGGGAUUCAUACUGUAGUAGAACAUAAGUAAACUUAGCUGAAUGCACUGACUGUAAGUCACUCUGGAUAAGAGUGUAUGUUAAAUGACUAAAAUGUGAAUGUAAAUGUACAUUGAAAAUAUAGUGCCGCAUUGGUAUUAUGUGUAUUAUGAUCCCUGUGGGGAUUGAAACCACAACGUUGGUAUUGCUAGCGCCACACUCUUACUAACUGAGCCACACAGGACCACAUACUAUUUUCCUGUCUCUCUCAGGUCUUGGUGACCGUUCUGGAUGUGAAUGACUUCCGUCCACGGUUCUCCGUGCGGGUCUUUGAGACCAGUGUGUUUGAGAACGAGCCCAGUGGAACGUCUGUGAUCACGCUGACUGCCACUGACUUGGAUGAGGGGCAGAACGGCCUGCUCUCUUACAGCCUGCAGGGCCCGGGGGCAGGUUGGAGCCCUACACACACGCACACUCGCACACUCACACACACACACACACACACACACACACACACACACACACACACACACACACACACACACACACACACCCCUUACCAUCAUCUGUACUGUGAGAGGCAUUUGUUCCAGCCCAGCAUUAACACCACUGAUUCAACUUAUUAUGAUCUUCAUGACCAAUUGAUUAGUUGAGUCAAGUGUGUUAGUGCUGGGCUAGAACAAAAUCCUGUAUACCCCCUGUUUAACAUUUACAUGUUUUGUCUCACUUUCUCCCUGCCUCUGACUAACUGUUGGUUACAUUCUCUUACUAUUUUCUCUCUCUCCCUCUCUAUGGUGUAUCAGAUGCCUUCUCUCUGGACGCUGACACAGGCCUGGUGCGUUCUCUCCGUCUGCUGCAGUCCUUUGAGCACUUUAACUUGACAGUGGUGGCUACAGACCAGGGCAGACCACCCCUCUGGGGCACCGCCGUCUUACGCAUCAUCGUCAUAGAUGUCAACGAUAACAGGCCCAUGUUUGUCAGGCCCACCAACGGCACCAUCAUGCAUAUCAUGGAGGUGUGUGUGUGUGUGUGUGUUUUUGCAUGUGCAUGUUGGUGGUACUACAGUAUGGCGUUUGUUAGUAGUCCCUAGCGGGAUAGUAAAAAUUGAAGAACAUAUACAUUAUUUUUGGGCAUGUACAGUAUGAAGGUGUUGCUCCACUACACACACAUUGCUACUGUAAAACUGUCUGCAGUUGUAGUUAUAUUGCAUACAAACAGAAUAUCUAAAAUCUCAAUGAUGUGUCUGUCCUCCCCCCUUGUAGGAGCAGCCCCCAGGCCUGCUGGUGUAUGAGGUGUUUGCGACAGAUGGGGAUGAGGGGGUGAAUGGAGAGGUGCGCUAUGCCUUCCUCCAGACAGGAGCUGGAAACAGAGACUGGGAGAACUUCCACAUUGAUGCUAUUACAGGAGUCAUCACCACCGCCAUCAAACUGGACCGAGAGAAGCAGGCCCUGCACAGUGUGAGUGGACUGACUGGGCCCAAUUCUAACUUGAGAUAUGCACUUGUAGCUAGUGACAACCUGAAUCAUACGUGUACCUUCAUAUCAAUGGGAGAUAUGCAUUAAAGUUUGAUGUAGGCCUGGUGGAUUUCAUGUUAGGAUUCAGCCCAGACAGGAAUGAACAAGCUGAUAUGCGACUUAUGAACCUACACAGUGAUGGAGUGUGUGUAUAUUGUGUUUGUAUUGUGUGUGAGUGUGUGUGUGUGUGUGUGUGUGUGUGUGUGUGUGUGCGUGCAUGUAUUUGUGUGUGUGUGUGUGUGUGUGCAUUCUUGUGUGUGUUUGUGUGUGCGUGUGUGUGUGUGUGCAUGCAUGCUUGUGUGUAUGUGUAUUGUUUAUGUCUGACUAAAGGACUGUGUCCUGUCCCUCAGCUGAUUGUUGUGGCCUAUGACCUGGGUCAGCCCGUGCCUUAUGAGACCACCCAGCCCUUACAGGUGGCGCUGUUGGACAUCGAUGACAACGAGCCUGUCUUCUUUAAGCCCCCGGUGAGUGGAGGAGAGUUAGGGAGCUGGGUGGUGUCUCAUGCCAGGAAGAUGUUCCCGCCACUCUGCCCUAAUUCACACUCAUCUUAUUGCAAUGAAACAUAGCCCUGGACUCCUCAGCUAUAAGUCUAACUCUGGGUUUAUACCUUAACACUAAAUGAUACUUGAAAUGGGAUAAUGUUUUUUCUAUACCAAACCACAUUUUAAAAUCUCUAGAUAUUUGAUGUUUGUCUGUGAUUAGGGUUGUGUUUUAUUUGGUAUUUUGUGUACUGUACUGUGUUUGUAUAUUAGUCAAUAGCUUUGUUUAUACCUGGCGCUAACAUGCGUCCUUUGUCCUUAUCUUGUCCACAUUCUGAUUGUGCCCACAUUUUCAAAAAUAUGCCUACAGAUGGUAUUACAAUGUGUCUCAUAUCUGUCCAUUGUGUCCGCAUUGUGACCAGAUUUUACUGGUCCCUCCCUGUAUGCAAAUGUUUUGACAGCUAUUCUUUCAAAAUAGUAUUUAUGUAUUUAUUCUAAGACCCAAAUUGAUGCCAUAUGUAAAUGGUGCCACUUGUCAAUGAUUUUAGAAGGCAGGAUUAUGAUGAUUUAAAUGGUUUCACUGUCCAGAUCCAUCUACACUUGUAAGACAUCAAGAUACAAUGCGUGCCUGUCUACCUCCAGAGGUGGUCUGGAAGAUCUGAUCACAAUCAGAUCGCAAUGCGUCUUUUAAUCGUCUACACCUGUCUGAAAAUGUGGGCAGAAUCCGAAUGUGCACAGGAUCAGGACAAAAUAUGCAUGUUAGAACCAAGUAUAAACAGGGCAUGUCUCUGUUUCAUAUACGAUUUUGUUUUACAUCUGGCUCAUGUAUCUGUGUGUGUGUGUGUGCAUCUGUCUGUAUGUCUGUCUGACUCUCAGCGAGGCAGCCUGCCGUACCAGACUCUGUCUGUGGCAGAGCACUCUACUCCAGGGACAGUAGUGGGUAACGUGACAGGAGCUGUGGACGCAGAUGAAGGCUCCAACGCUGUAGUCUACUUCUUCAUUGCAGGUCUGUGGAGAGGACAACACAACACUACACACAACCACACAAACACACACAGACACAGGCACACACACACACACACACUGAUUCAUCCAUACCGGACAAUGCAGAAAUAUCAGUCCAUUAGUACUAAUACUGAAUAAUGAAAUAUAUUUUUGGUUGCUGCAUGUUGGUGCUGCUGUCUAUUGAAUAUGGACGUAACACUGAUUUCCAAUCAUGCCCUUUAGGGGGAGAUACUGAAGGUAACUUUGGCCUGAGCCCAGGGGGCAUACUGAAGGUGAAGAAGGAUCUGGACCGUGAGGACAUCUCAGUGUACUCCAUCAUCGUCAAGGCCUCCAGCCAAAGGAACUGGGCCCUUGCCGGGGGUCAAAGGUCAGCCUGGGGCAGAGCCCUUGACCCCAGCCGUGACCCAACCCUGCAGGAGGUCAGAAUCUACCUGGAGGACAUCAACGACCAGCCACCGCGCUUCACCAAGCUAGAGUACACUACAGGUACUGUACAUAAACUGGGGGAAGGGGUAAAUGUGUAAAUGUGUGUGUGUGUGUUGAGGUUGUGUGUCUAUACGCAUGAGUGUGAAUUGAUAAUAUUGUGCUGCUCUUACUAACCAGUUAUCUCUCUUUCAUUCCCCACCCCCUCUAUCUCUCUCUCUCUCUCUCUCUCUCUCUCAGGUGUCGCUGCUGAUGCCAAGGUGGGCUCAGAUCUGAUCCGGGUACAGGCUAUAGACAACGAUGUAGGGAACAACAGCCUGGUGCUGUACCAUGUCCUGUCCAUUCGCUACAUUAAACUCCAGUCCAAUGACUCUGAUUACAUAGGAAACGUCUUCAUCAUAGGUCAGUCACUGCCUACUGCCUAGCAUGACUAUUAUCUCCUCUGUGUUUGUAUAGUAUCAAUUGUUAAUCCUUGAUAACCAAUGUUGGAAUCAAUUCCAUUUCAAUUCAGAAUUGAGGAGAUUAAUUGAAUUUAAAUGGAAUUGGGCCCCAACCAUGUUGAUAACCCUCUCUCUCUCUUCAAACGUGUCCUUACUUGUCCUUUUAUAACAAUGGUUGGGAUCAGUUCCAUUUCAAUUCAGGAAAUGAAUUGACUACUCUAAAUUGACUGAAUUGAAAUGGAAUGGGCCUCAAACCUGUUGAUAACGCCCACCUCUAGGGGAGACAGAUGGGAUAUAUUUCAAUUCUAAAUAUUGAUUGAAUCACAGUGGAAUUGGCCCCUGAACCUGUUGAUAACCCUUAGGAGAGAAAGAUGGGAUCAUCCGUACCUUUGACCUGUUCACGGCUUACGACCCGGGAUACUUUGUGGUGGAGGUGUUGGCACGGGACCUGGCGGGCCACAGUGACAUCGCCAUGGUGGGCAUCUACAUCCUGCGGGACGACCAGCGGGUGAAGAUCGUCAUCAACGAGAUACCCGAGCGUGUACGACAGUUCCAGGAGGAGUUUGUCAACUUGCUGUCCAACAUCACCGGAGCCAUAGUCAACACGGACGAUGUGCAGGUAGGUAAGGGUGUGGGGGAGUGUGUGUGCUUGUGCAAGUGUGUGCGUGUGUGCAUGCGUGUGUAUAAAAUGACAUAUGAAAUGUGUAUCUCCCACUAACCCCCUUUGUCAUUUUCCAACACUGUUUCUGCUCAGUUCCACGUGGACAAGAAGGGCAGCGUGAACUUUUCCCAGACAGAUGUGCUCAUACACGUUGUCAACAAGCAGACCAACCGCAUCCUGGACGUGGAAAAGUCAGUUGCUGCCUGGCAGUAUAGUUUAUUAUCAUGUUAUUACCUAUAGAAAUAUAAUUACUAGAACGGACAGUCCCCAUUCCCAUAUUUAGUGUACAUAUUAAUUUACCAGUCAAAUUGCAGUGGUCUUAGGUGCUUUGUCCCUUCUAGUAAUUAUAUUUCUAUGUCAUUAUAUUGUUACUACACAAAAACCAUGUUGUUUAAGUCUACUCCUCUCUGUGCUGAGCCCAUUGUCUCUACUUCCCUGGUCUUGUGAUUGACAGGGUGAUUCAGAUGAUUGAUGAGAACAAGGAACAGCUGAGGAACCUGUUCAGGAAUUACAACAUCCUGGAUGUCCAGCCUGCCGUCAGCGGGAGAGCACCUGAUGACCUCACAACGCUACAGAUGGCCAUCAUUAUCCUAGCUGUGUUGCUCUUCUUGGCAGCCAUGUUGUUCAUCUUCAUGAACUGGUACUAUCGCACAGUGUAAGAGCCUCCCACUUUAAUUCAAAUCAAAAUGUAUUAGUCACAUACGCCGAAUCCAAUUGGUGUAGACUUUACCGUGAAAUGCUAGCUUACGAGCCCUUCCCAACAAUGUAGAGUAAAAAUAAAAAUACAAAUUGUAACACGAGGAAUAAAAUAAAAUACACAAGAAUGGCAAUAUAUACAGGGAGUACCAGUACCAAAUCAAUGUGCAUGUCACGGUUCAGACAGAUGACCAGAGGACCACAAUUGCGUCACACCAGAAAGUUUAUUAAAACUUAAGGGAAAAGGGAAGUAGGGAGUGAAUGAAGGCUCCAGGGGUAACAGGGAUCCCGUCCAAUGUGCUGGGUCUGUGCCCCCCCCAGUGGCAGCGAUGCGUCCUAUGAAGCCGGUGGUGGGUGGUCCAGAAGUCCUGGGGGGGGGAGACACAGACACAACAGGGCGGAAUGAAACAAGGCAGCAGUACAGUUCAAGGGACAUCCAAAAUACGUAGUAGCAAGGCAGAAGGCUGGUCAGAGUUACCGGGAUUGAAGAGUAGUCAGGAGUCGAAAUGGCAGAAGCAGGUCUGGAUCUCCUGGGGCAGAAGAGUAUCAAAAAUCAGGCAGGUCCGGGGUCACAAAACCAGGGUGAGCCAGAAGCCGAGCAAACAGGUUCCGGGUGUGAGCUUUGCAGACGAUCUGACAAAGAGAGCUGAAAGACGGGCUUUAAAUACUGGGAGAGGUUAGUGGGUAAUGCAGCGCAGCUGGCAGAGUAAUUAGAGCAGAGCAGAGCAGGGACAGGUGGAGCUAGUUAGGCUGAGUAGAGAGAGUGGGUGAGCAGAGUGGAAGAUAGUGGAAACCAAUUAGGUGGUAACCGGUGGAGUGAGAGGGCCUGAUAGGCAUCAGGAUAGAUAAUAAUACGAGUAAAAUAAAGAACAGAGCAGCAGCAGCAAAUGAUGAGUGUAAAAGUGUGUGUGUGUGCGUGCGUGUAAUAUGUAUGUGUGUUUGUGUUGUGUUGGUCUGCGUGUGUGAAUGUGUGUGGGUUUUGUGUGGGAGUGUCAAUCUAGUGUGUGUGAGUGAUUGUGUAUAUGGUUUGUAUAUAUAGUCUAGUGAGUGUGCGUAGGGUCAGUGCAAGAUAGAGUCAGUACAGAUAGUUUGGGUACCAUUAAUUGACUAUUUAGCAGUCUGGCAGUCUUAUCGCUUGGGGGUAGAAACUGUCUCGGAGCCUGUUGGUCCGAGAGCCGAUCCUCCGGUACCAUUUUCCGGACAGUAGCAGAGUGAACAGUCUAUGGCUUGGGUGGCUGGAGUCUUUGGCAAUUUUUCGGGUCUUCCUCUGACACCGCCUGACAUAGAGGUCCUGGAUGGCAGGGAGCUCGGCCCCAGUGAUGUACUGGGCUGUUCGCACCACCCUCUGUCACCCUUUCACCCUAAUUGUCAAACAUAGCAUACCGAUCCACUUUAACAUAUACAAUCCAAUAAUCUUACUCAUACUAAACCACUUCAUUUUACAAUAUGUUCUUGUGCAUCAAAGUAUAGAUUGCUCUUUCAGUUCAUCUCAAUAGUCAAUGACAUUUUCUUUUUCAUUUCAAUGGAAUUUGUAAUGGUGUUACUUCACACUGGCUAUGAUAGAUACUUUGACUCUGCUAUGUCAACAUGUUGAAUGUCUCACCACCUGUCUGUGUGUUUUUCUGUGCUACAGACACAAGAGGAAGCUGAAAGCCAUUGUAGCAGGAUCCACAGGUGAGAGACAGCACGGAGGGGAAAGUCCCUGCAAGCCUAACGGCAGGAUGUGGCAAACUAUUAGCACUGUGGACUAGUUUGACUAGCUGUGUGUGUGUGUGUGUGUGUGUGUGUGUGUGUGUGUGUGUGUGUGUGUACAUGUGUGUGCGUGAUUAUAAUUCAUAUUUCACCCAUUUGUCUUCUGUCUUCCAGGGAAGCAAGGUCUCAUGGACAUCCUGGAUAUGCCGAACACCAAUAAAUACUCAUUUGAGGGGUGAGACAAUAGAUAACAGUGUUUAUGCAUUUUAAAACCUACUUUAUUGCACUUGACUCAUGUCAUUGAUAUGAUGUCUGUGUGGGCAUAUUCCUUUUGCAGGUUCACAGAUACAUGCAGUGCUGAUCUUAAAUAUCUGACAGUUGUGUAUACAAUAUCUAAUAAGACUGAUGAAGUGUUAUACUGGGUAAGGUUAUAGCUAAGACUGUUGUUGACACUCAGGGCCAACCCUGUGUGGCUAGACCCGUUCUGUCGGAACCUGGAGCUAGCUGCCCAGGCAGAGCACGAAGACGACCUGCCGGAAAACCUCAGUGAGAUCACUGAC